AUGGCUGUUAAUAUCCCCCCGGGCGGCACCGUCAUCGACACCUUCAAGGGCAACUUUACUAAGGUCCCUGUUGACAAGUCCAAGGGCAAUGCUAUCUCCACCAGCGAGUUUCUCGAGGCUGCUGAGUCUAUCACUACUAUCUUCGACCUUUUGGGUUCGGUUGCUUUCACUCCGGUAAAAAAUGACAUCCUGGGCAACGUCGAGAAAAUUCGGAAGCGUCAGCUGGCUGCCCCUCUGGACUCCCAAAACCUUCAGGACCUCGUGCGGAACGAGCUCAAGACCAAGUCUCAUACUGCUACAGAAGGAUUGCUGUGGCUCGGGAGAGGUCUCGAGUUCUUGUGUGCUGCCCUUACCCAGAACCUCAAUAACCCAACCGAGGAGCUCUCAAAGUCUUUCGGAAUCGCGUAUGAAGGCACUCUUAAACAGUACCACAACUUCGUGGCGAGGGGCCUUUUCGCCGCUGCUCUGAAGGCCUGCCCCUAUCGCAAGGAUUUUUAUGCCAAGUUUGGUGAUGACCUUCAGAAGGUUUACGCGGCUUUGAAGGAGUAUCUGGCUGCCUUGGAAGCAAUUGUUGCAAUUCUCAAGGAAUUCAUGACCAGCCCGGAGGCUCAAUGGAAGUGA